AUGGCUACUCCAUUGAACCUCACGAACAAAAUCGUCGUGAUUACCGGCGCGGCUCGGGGAAUUGGAGAGGCCUCGGCGAAGGAAUAUUCAAGACAAGGAGCACGAGUCGCCCUCCUAGACAUUCGAAUGGAGCCCCAACGGGCAAUCGUAGCCCAGAUCCAAAGUGAAGGGUACUCAGCUUGGGCUUUCAAAUGUGAUGUCUCCAAUGACACGGAAGUGGCAGCCGUCGCGAAGGCGGUGGUUGAACAAGUCGGUGUGCCCGACAUUGUGGUCAAUAAUGCCGUUACGGUACAGACAGGUUCUGCCCAAGACGCCGACAUCGAGAGCGUCCGGAGGCAGUGGGACAUCAAUGUCCUAGGGUACCUGCGUGUUGCCAGGGCUUUCCUGCCAGAUAUGAAAAAGCGCGGCAGCGGCGUGAUUGCAAAUACAGCUUCGCCCAACGGCCUUGCUCCCCCGCCAAUGGUCGCUGGCAAUAUGUUGGCAUAUUGUCUCUCCAAGGCCAGCAUCAUCUCCCUUAGCCAAUGCCUGGCUGUAUCACUACAAAACACUGGCGUCAAAGUGUGUGUGCUCAUCCCAGACGUGGCUUAUACGGAAUCGGUUGAAGAGCUUCAAGGAACCGCUUCUCCGGAGUUCACUCAGGGUUUUAGACACUUUAUCCGGACGAGUAGUGUACCAGCAGAAUCUGCGGCCAAGAGACUUGUAGAAGGCGUAAAGACACAGAAAUUCUUCGUCAACGGCUUUUUCAAUGGCUACGAGCAGUCCUUGUUGGCUUGGAUCAAUGGCGGGCUGGACCCAACGGUUGACUGGAUAACAGAGACCCAGAAGACGUUGGCCUAG